CAACUAUAUAAAUGACUCUGCUGGGAGCACACUGUCAUACCCGGACACUUUCUACAUAAGGACACGUUCAACAAAAUAUGCCUUCAAGCACAAGAAUUAAAAUGCCUCAGACUAAAAAGCCAGGAAAGAAAAACAAAGCUGAAAACAGUGCCACCGACAAUCUUCCAGUUUAUGAGCCAAACAUCCCAGAGCCGACGACCAGAGCCGAGAUGAUCAAAUACUGGAUCAGUCUUUCAUUGGACGAUAAAACUGCCAAUAAAGUACUGUGGCUGACAGAGGGCGGGACUAAAGUGGCCCGCCUGAAGACUGAGGUGUGUCCUUGCCUGGACAGGCCGGAAAGAUUUGAACACUACCCACAGGUGCUGUGCAAGCAGUCGAUCUUUGCAACUCGCUGUUAUUGGGAGGUGCUGUGUACAGGUUGGGUGGUUAUUGGUGUGACGUAUGAAGAUGCUGGCAGGCGGGGGGGUCCUUGUGGUCUAGGGGAGAAUGAGGAAUCGUGGGCACUGGGUUGGGACGGUUCCUGUUAUGAUGCCUGGCACAACGGAAUUAGCACGAGGAUUUCAGACGUGCCUCAUUACAGCACUAUAGGGGUGUACGUGGAUCAGCCGGCUGGCCUGAUCUGCUUUUAUGCGGUGGAAACUGAAGAAAAUUCAGAGAGAAAGGAAUUGAAACAAAUUUACAGGUACCAGAAUCCCAUAAAUAAGUCAGUUGUGCCAGGUUUCUGGAUGGGAAGAGAGUCGUCCUGUUUAAUCCUGAAGAAAGAGGAAUAAGAUGGGCGGAGACUAAAUUAAACAAGAGUCAGAGUGAAAGUUAUGGAUUCAGUUGUAAUUAAUAAACAUCAGUUUUGCUAUAGGGGUGACCGGGAACACAUUAUUUAAUCUAACAUUAACCCUAAAGCUAGACUAUAUACUUUCAUUAACUUUGAGUCGAAUGAGCACUUUGAGUUUAAAUGGAUUCUGGGUAAACAUUUAGAUGUUGAGCUCUCUGUGUGUGUGUGUGUGUGUUUAUUAAAGCAUGUUAAUGUCUUUGUGUUUGUUAGUAUUUCUCUUUAACCAUAUAUUCAAUCCAGUGUCAUGGCUGGAUGUUUAUUUACAGACACCAGAGAUCUCAGAUUCAUGACUGUUGUUGAGUUUUUCCUGCAUAUGAUGUCUGAAAGACGGUGAAUUUAAUUUUCCUUUAUUCGUUUUAUUUACACAAACUAUCAAGUCUCUUUAGAUCAUCUCUCUACUGUCAGAUAACAUUGAAGUCAAUUCCAGCACUGUUUGCGUUUGUGUAGUUUGUUAAAUAUUUGAUGAAAAUGUCGAUAUAUCAUAAUGCACAGGAUUAUGGACUUUUCACAUGUAAAAUUGUUACGGCUAUUCCAAACAUUGCUGUUUUGUUUGCUGUUUUACACUUUUCAUAUUGGGUUAGUCAUUAUUUUUGUCUUUUCAAGUUGAAAGAUUUCACUCUGUACAUUUGUAAACCCAUGACAUAAACAUUCUUCACAUUAAAUAAACAAAAACAAAUAAUA